UUGGGCUGCCGGGCGGCCGACUGCUGCCGGGCUCCCGGCCCCUCCCCCCGUCGCCUUGGUCCUGCUACUUCUGGCCGGCGGCCUGCGGGCGGGCCGCCCCGGGGCUGUAGCCCACCCCGCCUCUCUUAAAGCCGCGGCGGGAAGAUGAGGUUUCGGGAGCCGCUCCUGGGCGGCAGCUCCGCGAUGCCGGGCGCGUCCCUGCAGCGGGCCUGCCGCCUGCUCGUGGCCGUGUGCGCGCUGCACCUGGGGAUCACCCUGGUCUACUACCUGGCGGGCAGCGACCUGGGCCGCCUGCCUCAGCUGGUCGGGGUCCGCACCCCGCUGCAGGGCGGCCCGACGGUGGCCGCGACCCUGGAGCCGCGGUCGCGAGGGGCCCCGCCGCCGCUGUCUUGGGGCGUCUCCUCGGAGCUGCGCCCCGGGAGCCACUCCAGCCCCCGGCCCGCCAGCAACUUGACUUCGGCCCCGGUGCUCCCCACCUCGGCACCGGCUCUGCCCGCCUGCCCGGAGGAGUCCCCGCUGCUCGUCGGUCCCAUGCCGAUUGACUUUAAUAUAAAAGUGGACCUGAAGCUUGUGGAGAAACAGAACCCGAACGUGAAGUUGGGCGGCCGCUAUAGCCCCAAGGACUGCAUCUCUCCUCACAAAGUGGCCAUCGUCAUUCCAUUCCGCAACCGCCAAGAGCACCUCAAAUACUGGCUUUAUUACUUGCACCCAAUCCUACAGCGCCAGCAGCUGGACUAUGGCAUCUAUGUUAUCAACCAGGCUGGAGAGUUCAUGUUCAAUCGUGCUAAGCUCCUCAACAUUGGCUUUCAAGAAGCUCUGAAGGAUUAUGACUACAACUGCUUUGUGUUUAGCGAUGUGGACCUCAUCCCCAUGGAUGAUCGCAAUACCUACAGGUGUUUUCAACAGCCACGGCACAUUUCUGUUGCAAUGGACAAGUUUGGAUUUAACCUGCCUUAUGUUCAGUAUUUUGGAGGUGUCUCUGCUCUAAGUAAACAGCAGUUUCUCACCAUCAAUGGAUUUCCUAAUAAUUAUUGGGGCUGGGGAGGUGAAGAUGAUGACAUAUUUAACAGAUUGGUUUUUAAAGGAAUGUCUCUAUCUCGCCCAAAUGCUAUCAUUGGGAGGUGUCGGAUGAUCCGCCAUACUAGAGAUAAGAAAAAUGAGCCCAAUCCUCAGAGAUUUGACCGCAUUGCACACACAAAGGAAACAAUGUUUUCAGAUGGCUUGAACUCACUCACCUACAGUGUGCUGGACAUACAGAGAUACCCAUUGUAUACCAAAAUCACAGUGGACAUCGGGUCGCCAAGCUAGCAUUUUGGUACUCCAGUAAGAAACCUAAAGAACGGCCAGGACUUCUACUGCGUUCUGCCUAUCUGCUGGGCUGGUCCUCUCAUCUUUAUCAAUCAGUGAUAGGCCCCCUUCACUCAUCAUUCAGAUGCCUUUUCAGAUGACCAGAGUGAGAUAUUUUGUCUCCAACUUGGCUCAGCAUGUGACUUCUUAGCUCUACAAGGUGUUUGUAAGCAUAGAAACUGUCAGCCUUUGGGGCUUCUUGGCAUAUUCAUGGUGUGACCCCAAAGAGAACUAUAUACAGCCUAUAAUUUGGCAACUGUGGGACACAUCCCCCACUAAAAACCGCUAAUUUGUUGUGAAUUGGUAAGAGAUUUGCUUUAAAUUGUGGUAUUGGUAUUAUUUUAUGGAAAAAUGGAGAAUGCUGCUGAAAUUGGAUUGAUAAUGAUUUUUUUUUUGUAAUCAUGUUUUAGCAGAAAAACAAAAAUCUCAUUUUAUCCUCUCCCCCCUCUUCAUUCAGUGGUAUCUAUCUGCUAUAACCUCUGUGUGUGCGUGUGCGUGUGUGUGAGUUUUAAGAAAAAAAUUUUUUAACUUGAGCCUUGGGUCUUCUGCCCUAUUACCAUGUGAAUUCCAAGGCAAGUUUAACCAUGGAAGCAUCAGUGGCCUUUCUCCAGAUUAUCUGAUUUCUGAAUGUAAAGACUGUAAAAGUAGCAGAUUAUAGUAGUUUCAAGAAGCAACAAAUGGGGUUCUAAUGAUGAUCUAGCUUGAUUUUAUUGAUCCAGAUUUGCAUAGCUGUUUAGUAUUAUGUCAUGACAAUUUAUUUUUUCUGAGCAUGCUAUGUCAACUUGAAUUCUUCUGUAUUUUUAUUGUGGUGUUUUAAAUAUGGGGUGGGGUUGAGCAUUUUUUUUAGGGAAUGGUGUGGAUUAUGUAUGCUGUAGUGGUCAUGAAUGGACCUCUGAUGGAGCUGACAGACUAGGCUUUGUAAAGAGCGAAAUCACCUUCUGGCCCCCUAGACAAGGGCAACACCUGGUCUGCACUGGUCUUGCAGGACCUCUGGGUAGGGCAGAAGCCUGCUGGGCAAGGCUCUUCUCUGCCACCACCCCCUGCCCUACUACCCCUCCCCAGGCUGGGAGUGCUCACCUCCACAUCCUCCUGAGACUUGCCACCAGGGUCCUGUAAAUGACAGUGAUCUGAUUGUUUACUGGCUCUUAGCCCAGGAGCACCUCCCCUAGAGGCCCUGCUGGACACAUUGCCUUACCUUGCAUGACUGGUUUUCCUUCUUCCCUCUUCUCCCUUCCCCCUUCUCCUUCCUAUUCCCUCCUCCUCCUCUUCUUCCUCCUCUUCCUCCUCCUCUUCCUCCUCCUCUUUCUUCUCUUUCUCAUUCUUCCUCCUCCUCCCCUACUUCUUCUCUUUCGCCUUCUUCUUCUCUUUCUCUUCCUCCUCCUCCUUCUUCUUCUUCUUCUUCUUCCCCUCCUCCUCCUCCCCUCCUCCUUCCUUUAAAAUUUAUUUUAUUUUUUUAUUUCCUAUUCCCUAAUACUUGCCAGGGCACUCAGGGUCAAACACUAUUCAUUCUCCAGAAUGAACGUGCCUUUUAAUUAGAUAUGUAGAAAGGGAUUCAUCCAGACUCACCCACACUCCCCCCAGACCACUCUGGUGCCUAAAGCCUCACAGCCUCCCCACCUCAGGUUUUUAGCAGGUAAUCCCACUGCAGGGAGGCUGACCCAUGGGGGAGUAUUCCCCAAACCCCCUGCUACUGGGAAAUAUUGACCCUGUCUGCGGUGACAAUGGCCCAAGAUAGUUCCUCCCACUGAGCACUCUUGCAGGGUCCAGCCUGGGCUGACUGGAUGAAGGACUUCAGAUUCAGCUGCCUCAUCCCAGGGCUUAUCUUUCAGUGGGGGCAUCCCAGACAUCCCCACAGGGUGGAGGCUGGGCUGUAGCCUGAUUCCAAUCUUACCUGUGCCUUUAUCUUUUUUGAGCAUCUCAAAUGCUAACUUGGUUCUUCUUUCCAGAAACCUGUGUAUUGGUUAAACAUUGUUUUCCACUGCAGAAGCAGUUGGACUGUGCAAAGAGUAUUCAUUUUGUGGGUUUCCUCCCUCCUUUAUCAUGGUGUUAGUAAAACUAAAAUUGAUUGCAAUGAAGGAGUUUUGGGAAAAUGCAAAGAAUCAAAGGACCCUCUUUCUGUCCCCAGAUCCUGACUUCUCCAAAGUGCCUUAAAAGAAAGGAAGCAAAUACCCCAGGUAGUAACUUCUGUGUUUCUUUUCUCUUAAAGACUUGACUUUUUUCUUUCUUGUUUUCCUGUUCCAUUCUCCUUUGUGUUCCAUUGAAAUAGUCAAAUGUAUGGUUCCUUCUUGGAGCCAGGGGCAGGGGUGGGGGUGGUGUCUGCUUCUCUUGCUCCCCAUUUAUUAACCUCCCAGUGCUCUGGGUGACUGAGCCCAGGCACUUUCCUGGCUCAUGGGGAGCUGCCAGCAGUUUCCUCUCGGGAGAGUUCCCUGAGCAUUUCCUUCACCUGAAAGUUAUCACCAUGAAGUUGUCCUAUGACACUCCUGUCUCUGUUUCUGUCUCUCCUGCUACUGGUGACCCUGUAAAGUGAUCUUUGGAAAAGAUUAGAGGACAGAGAUAGUGCUAAAGGCUCCCAGCUUAGGUGUUGGUCCCUGCUGACCUCAGGGCUGGGUGGGGGGGACACCCCUCACAGCCAAAACUCUUUCCUGUCCUAAACACCCUUUGUGCUCUGUGUAUUUUGAUUUCCUUUUUAUGCCAUCUGUGUAUUUUCUUGUGGAAGGGUGGGGCAGGGGAGGGGGGUGUCUGACUUUGAUGUUCAAAGCAGACAGAAUUGUAUUUUUGCCUUUAAAAUAAUCCAAAUAUAACGUGAAUAAAUGACCCUAUCUUUGUAACUGCAAGUGAUUUCUUUGGUGAUUUAAAGGGUUUGAGCUCAAUCAGACUGGAGGGCAGUGUUGGGACCUUAUCUGCUACAAGUAUCUUUUGAGAGUGACACUUCCCAGGCACUGCAUAGUAGCUAGUGCCACUUUAAAACAGGGCUUCCUUAACCAUUCUCUGCCUACACUUCACUGUUUACAGCAAAUGCUGAGAUAAUUCUGAAAAAGCCCUCAGAGCCCUUUACACAGUGUUCAUGGUGUAAUGUAAAUGGUAUUCUCUAAAGUAAACUUUCUUUUUCAUACCCAAGAGAUUUAACCAAAUGUUCUAAAGGACACUAAUUGUGGCCCAGGUAUUUGAGAUGCUAAAAUAUACUGGAAUGUCCUCCUCCUCCUCCUCUUCCCCCUGCACUUCCUCCUUCACCUGUUCUGCUUUUUCCUCCUCUUCCCUCCCCUGAGGCCAGGCAGCAGCAACCUCAUGCAGACUAAUAAGUUUACACAGGGGAGUCGGGCUAUAGCACAGCGGGUUAAGCGCAGGUGGCGCAAAGCACAAGGACCAGCAUAAGGAUCCCGGUUCGAACCCCGGCUCCCCACCUGCAGGGGAGUUGCUUCACAGGUGGUGAAGCAGGUCUGCAGGUGUCUAUCUUUCUCUCCUCCUCUCUGUCUUCCCCUCCUCUCUCCAUUUCUCUCUGUCCUAUCCAACAACGACAACAACAAUAAUAACUACAACAAUAAAACAACAAGGGCAACAAAAGGGAAUAAAUAAAUAAAAUAAAUAUUAAAAAAAAUAAUAAUAAUAAGUUUACACUGGCAUCUGAAAGAAAUGGGCCAGAGAAAACCAGGGUGCAAGAGAGAUUACCCAUGCUGUUCAGGCUGAGGAAACUGGAGGCUCUGGUAGGAGGAGCUAUGACUGCAGGGUUUACUGGCAAACCACAAUAGAAACAACAGUCAGCAGCCCCUUUUAGUAUUCUCUUCUCCCUGCCCCAUGUUAUCUGGCUGCCUGUCCAUCUAUGCAACUGCUGGAAGGAUCCAUAUCACCUCAUGUCUGAACCAUAGUGCCUUGAGCCUCAGAUGUACCCUUCAAACAGGAGAAUCUGGUCCUUUGGGCAGGUUCUGCCUUACAUGAGCACAAGCAGGAAGAUCUGGUUAAGUGGAACUGCCUUCUCUCCACCAAGACACACAUAUUGUCCAAAUGUGUACACACUCAGAUCCACAUACCACACCUGAUGUGUGCUUCCGGGAGGCCAUAAGACCUGAGAUCAAACCCUGCUGCAGCUUUGUACAGUUCUAUGAACAUGAGCAAAUGCCUUCCCUUUCCAGUGCCUCAGCUUAUUUAUCCAUGUGAUGGGGAUCAUUGUGCUUUUUUUUUUUUCAUAGACACAGAGUUGUUAGGUAGAUCAAGUGAGUUUAAACUUAUAAAGUCGGGGGCUGGGCAAUAGCACAGCAGGUUAAGCACACAUGGCGCAAAGCACAAGGGCCAGUGUAAAGAUCCCGGUUUGAGCCCCCAUCUCCCUACCUGCAGAGGGGUCUCUUCACAAGCGGUGAAGCAGGUCUGCAGGUGUCUAUCUUCCUCUCCUUCUCUCUGUCUUCCCCUCCCUCUUCAUUUCUCUCUGUCCUAUCCUGUGGGACUAUGUGAAAGCCUGGUAGAGCUUAGGGGAGCUCUCCCAUCCUUGUGAUGGAGGUCUAGAAAGACACAUCACUUGUCAGUCUCUCCCCUCUAGGGAUGGAGCUGAGGGAAAUGCUUUCUGUGACUCAGUUUCCCCUUGUUAGUCUCUCAAAGCUUCACAAAAGCCUGCGUCCUCUCACACUUAGUUCACUCCCCUGCUAGUAGACCAAGUGACUGCCUGCUUGUAAGCUCAUUCAGAGUUCAUUGUAGUCACCCAGUGUUCACCAUCCUUUUAUCCUUCGAUCACACACAUAAGUAUACUCCAUCACAAGCCUUGCCAGCACCCUGGCAGUGAGACCCCCACACCUAUUUCCUUUUCUUUGAUAUCUAUGAUUUACAUCAAGCUUUGCCCUUCUCUGCUUUAUCUCACCUUACUGGUUUAACCAUUAUGUUUUUCUUAAUACCUUUAGAUAAUUAACAUGUCUUACAUCAUGGAAACUAAUUGCUUUAACAUUUCUGUAUCUCAAUUCUUGUCAUUCCUACCCCUCCCCACCAUGGGGGUAUCUGACCUUUAGAACCCUGUAAUUUCUGACAUAUUUGAAAAAUGUCUUUUGUUCUGUUUGCUAUAAAACCCUGUGCUUACCCCAAAUAAAGUGGAAGUUCAUACCUGA